AUGCAUCCACAUGGCUACACAAUAUCGGUGGCAACAAAAUCAAAGGAUCCAAUUCCGACCAAAGAUUUGUUCAUCCAUAACUGGGAAACGCUAGUGUAUGAAGCCCUCUAUGAUCGUGACUACACCACCAUCGUCUUUGUGAAAGGCCUCAAUCUCCGUCCUGAGCGACUCGCUGAAGCAUCCAAAUUCCAAUGCGUGUUUGGUUAUGAUUUCAAGAAUCCCAAAUUCAUACUAUCAUCAGAGGCUGUAUCGGUUGCUCAAGAGAUUGUUCGAUGUAGAACACCCAUGAGCAUUUUGAGUGGACAAGCCCAAGCCCAAGCCCAUGCUAUCAAAGUUUCAAUUAAAAUUAACGGUGGGGACAUCUUCCCCUCCAUAGCGAAGCCAUCCCUUGAACCAUAUCAAAAUUUUCCAAAACAAAAAGCUCACAAGAUAUGCCUAUGCACUAUGUUGCGCAACCAAGCGCGAUUCUUGAAAGAGUGGGUGAUGUAUCAUGGUAAAGUUGGGAUUCAACGUUGGUUCAUAUAUGAUAACAAUAGUGAUGAUGAUAUAGAGAAAGUGAUUGGGAUUCUACAGAGCAUUGGAUACAACAUCACAAGACACUUGUGGCCAUGGGUGAAGACGCAAGAAGCUGGUUUUGCACAUUGUGCAUUGCGAGCUCGGUCAUCGUGUGAGUGGGUUGGGUUCAUCGAUGUGGAUGAGUUUUUCAAUAUAAGGGGAGGAGGAACCUUGAACAAAGUGAUUAAACUCUAUUCCAAGGUUAAGAAUUUAGGUGAGAUAAGAACACGAUGCUACAGCUUUGGGCCUUCAGGGUUGAAAAAAGUCCCACGUGAAGGGGUAACGGUCGGGUACACGUGUCGAUUAUUGGGAAGUGAAAGGCAUAAGAGCAUAAUAAGGCCUGAUGCACUGAACCAAAGCCUAAUCAAUGUGGUGCACCAUUUCCAUCUAAGAACACCAUUUGUGGCCAUCGAACUUGAGAAGGGUGUGAUGGCAAUUAACCAUUAUAAGUAUCAAGUUUGGGAAGUGUUCAAGGAGAAGUUCUAUAGAAGGGUUUCAGCAUUUGUGGCAGAUUGGCAAGAAGAGAAUAAUGUGGGGUCAAAGGAUAGGGCUCCUGGUGUAGGGACUAAAGCGGUUGAACCAAAAGAUUGGUCUAACCGGUUUUGUGAGGUUAAGGAUAUGAGGCUAAGGAAUUGGGUGCUGAGAAAUUUUAGGGAUCGGCGAACCCAUCUUUUACCUUGGGAACCUGAAUUUGAACCCCAUUUUAAAAGAAGGCGAAGGAGAAAGAACAUAGACCGUUUAUGA